AUGUCGUCACAUGCGCCGGUUUCGCAAUGGCCGAUGCCUGUCUCCCCAAUGGCUUUCGAUUUCCCGCCCCGGCGAUCAGUGUCUAUGCAAGAGUGGGGACAGACCUGUUCACAAGGAGGGUAUGCACAAGGAGGGCAGACACGAGGAAGCGGCCUUGGCGUUCAUGAUGGUAUCUGUACAGGAGAACAUCCCAUGGCACUGCCGCUCCCUGGAGAGCUGCAGGCCCAGCAAGAGCUACUCCUGAUGGGACAGGCACCAUCCGUGGGAAACGAAUUUCACGGACGACGCCGCUCGAUGGGUAGCUAG